CAAUCAUAUCUUUCUCUCUCUUUCUCUCUAAAACACAAGUACUCUGAAAAUGGCGCCAAAGGCAGAGAAGAAGCCAGCUGAGAAGAAGCCAACGGAGGAGAAGAAAUCCGCCGUGGCUGAAAAAGCCCCCGCCGAGAAGAAGCCGAAGGCCGGGAAGAAGCUUCCCAAGGAAGCCGGCGCCGGUGCGGCAGACAAGAAGAAGAAAAGGAACAAGAAGAGCGUGGAGACUUACAAGAUCUACAUCUUUAAGGUUUUGAAGCAGGUUCAUCCCGACAUCGGGAUCUCAAGCAAGGCCAUGGGGAUUAUGAACUCUUUCAUAAACGAUAUAUUCGAGAAGCUUGCUCAGGAAUCUUCUAGGCUUGCGAGGUACAACAAGAAACCGACGAUUACUUCCAGGGAGAUUCAGACGGCCGUCAGGUUGGUGCUUCCCGGUGAGUUGGCUAAGCAUGCUGUAUCUGAAGGAACGAAGGCCGUUACCAAGUUUACCAGUUCUUAGAUUUGGGGGUUUAGGGUUUCUAUUGGUGUUGUUUCAGUAUUAGGGUUUACUUUCUGUAAAAAUUUCAUCUUACUCGAUGAAUUAUGUGGUUAGCAGGUGAAUUGAAACUGGUAAUAGUUUGUUGUGAAACAUUUGAUUCCAAUUGAAAAGUAGCGUUUAUUCCUACAAUCA